AUGGAUGCGCUCAAGGAGCUGAGCUCGGGCAAGGACUCCCCGGGCACGGACAUGCUCUUCGCGCUGCUGGCCCAGAACGAGGAAUUGCGCAAAGAGAUCCCCCUGUGCGCCGGCUGCAACCAGCACAUCGUGGACCGCUUCAUCCUGAAGGUCCUGGACCGCCACUGGCACGGCAAGUGCCUGAAAUGUAGCGACUGCCAGACGCCGCUCACCGAGAAAUGCUUCAGCCGCGGGGACAGUGUCUACUGCAAGGAGGAUUUCUUCAAGAGGUUUGGAACAAAAUGUGCCGCCUGCCAACAAGGUAUCCCCCCCACGCAGGUGGUGCGGAGGGCGCAGGACUUCGUGUAUCACCUGCCCUGCUUCUCCUGCAUCGUCUGCAAGAGGCAGCUGGCCACGGGCGACGAGUUCUAUCUCAUGGAGGACAGCCGGCUCGUCUGCAAGGCCGACUACGAGACCGCCAAACAGAGAGAGGCGGAAUCGACGGCCAAGCGGCCCCGCACCACCAUCACGGCCAAGCAGCUGGAGACGCUGAAGAACGCUUACAACAACUCGCCCAAGCCGGCGCGACACGUCCGCGAGCAGCUGUCCUCCGAGACCGGCCUGGACAUGAGAGUGGUGCAGGUUUGGUUCCAGAACCGGCGAGCCAAGGAGAAGCGGCUCAAGAAAGACGCGGGCCGGCAACGUUGGGGCCAGUACUUUCGCAACAUGAAGCGCUCCCGUGGCAACUCCAAGUCGGACAAGGACAGCAUCCAGGAGGAGGGGCCUGACAGCGACGCCGAGGUCUCCUUCACAGACGAGCCCUCCAUGUCCGAGAUAAGCCACUCGAACGGGAUUUACAGCAAUUUGAACGAGGCUUCCCCAGGCCUGGGAAGGCAGGCGGGCACCAAUGGCAGCUUCCCCUUGGAGCACAGUGGCAUCCCAGCUCAGGACCAGUAUCACGACCUCCGAUCCAACAGUCCCUAUGGCAUCCCCCAGUCCCCAGCUUCACUGCAGACCCUGCCGGGGCAUCAACCUUUAAUGUCCAGUUUGGUUUAUCCGGACGGCGGACUGGGCAUCAUGGCACCGGGCGGACCAGGCGGACCCCAACCCAUGAGGGUUUUGGGGGGAAACGGACCCAGCUCCGACCUGUCGACGGGAAGCAGCGGGGGGUACCCAGACUUUCCGGUGAGUCCCGCCUCCUGGUUGGACGAAGUGGAACAUGCCCAGUUUUGAUACAGGUCCCAUCUGCCUAAGGACACUGAGGCCGC